GACGAAACUUCAAAUUUUUUUUUCCCCUAAUUGUAACAAAAAUUACUCUUUCCUUCGCCUGCAAGAUCCACUCUUUUCAUUCUCUAUCUUCCACAUAUAUUAUUUUAAUUCUAAUCUCUUAAUCAUCAAUUUCAUUGUUGUACAAAGCACAAUUCGAAAGUGAUUCCCUUUCUUAUAAUAUAUCAGAUAGGUAGAAUUACAGUUAGUAAUUAGAGUCUUCAUCUUCAUCGUUGAUUAAUCCCUGCAGAAACUAUGUCUUCUAUGUUGCAUAGAAGCUUCAAGCCUGCAAAGUGCAAAACUGCAUUGAAGCUUGCGGUUUCGAGGAUAAAGCUUCUGAAGAAUAAGAGAGAAGCGCAAGUUAGGCAGCUUAAGAGGGAACUAGCUCAGUUGCUUGAGUCUGGUCAAGAUCAAACUGCUAGAAUAAGGGUUGAACAUGUUGUCAGGGAAGAGAAGACGAUGGCAGCAUAUGAUCUUAUUGAGAUAUACUGUGAACUUAUUGCUGCACGCUUGCCAAUGAUCGAGUCACAAAAAAACUGUCCCAUCGAUUUAAAGGAAGCAAUUUCAAGUGUAAUAUUUGCAUGUCCAAGAUGUGCAGACUUACCUGAGCUUGUAGAUGUGCGGAAGCAUCUUACAGUGAAGUAUGGGAAAGAAUUUGCAUCGGCAGCUGUUGAAUUACGCCCUGACUGUGGUGUAAAUCGCUUGUUGGUUGAGAAAUUGUCUGCCAAAGCACCCGAUGGUCCAACCAAAAUAAAAAUACUGUCUGCGAUUGCUGAAGAACAUAAUAUCAAAUGGGAACCCAAGUCAUUUGGAGAAAAUGAUGUAAAGCCUUCUCAAGACUUGUUGGCUGGGCCAAACACUUUUGAGAAGGCAACUUAUGCAGAACCUUCUCAAGUCCAUGUUCCAGCAGCUGUUCGUGAUGAAAAGGGUCCUCCUAACGUACAGGCUUCCUCACAAUUUAAACCGGUGUAUGAUAGACCAACAGGUUCGGAUGCGCAGAAUACAAGUGAUGCUACUAGAAAGGACACUGGAAAUCAGUCGAGACCAUCAGGCAUGUCUGAUCCCAAAAUUAUGCCUUCAGGAACUGGAAAUCAAGAAAUGCAUUAUAGAGAUUCAUAUUCUGAAAACAGGAGUGCUUUUCCUACUGUAAAGCAGAAUUGGAAUAUGGAAUUUAAGGAUGCUGCCUCUGCUGCACAGGCAGCAGCAGAAUCUGCGGAGCGUGCAAGCAUGGCUGCAAGAGCAGCUGCGGAACUUUCAAGUCGUGAAAAUGUAGCAAGGCAGCGUUCAAGUGAAUCACAUAGUUCUCCCAGAAGCCAGCUAAGAGAUGAAGUACCUCAAGAAUAUUCUUUUAAUGAUGACAAACACCUUUCUACAGGUUCUGCGUAUACCACCUUCCAGAGAGGCAGUUCUGGGAUGAACAAUGAAAAAAUUAAUACAAGAGAGCAAAAUAACUCGGUAGGAAUGCGCAAUGAAUAUUACAGGAAUAAUCAAGAGAAUGUAACGAAACAUGUGCAGUCUGCAUCAUUGACAUCUGCUAGUGCUUUUGAUGAUGAACACCUUUCUACAAACUCUGCUUAUAGCACCUUCCAUAGAAGCAGUUCUGGCAUGAAAAAUGAAAAAAAUAGUGCCAGAGAUCAAGAUAACAUGGGAGGAGCUCCCAAUGAAUAUUACAGGAAUAGUCAAGAGAAUGCAAUGAAACAUGUGCAGUCCGCAUCAUUGUCAUCUGCUAGUGCUUUUGAUGAUAACCCAUUUGCUAGCAGGUCUCAAAUGGCUGAUAUAAAUCAGCAUCACUCAUUUGAGCAAGGGAGCAGUGACUUCCGUGAUGUGAGAACAAAAAGGCAGGAAAGCAGAACUGAAGCAGAUUUUGUAACUAAACUGCAUGGUGAUAGUGAUGUGAACACUGAAGACAAUUAUGACUUUGGUGAUGCAAGUACAGAUAGAAAAUCUAGACAAGCUUCCUCUUCUCACCUCAUUUCUCCGAGUGAUGAUCGCAAUGAUAGUUUGAAUCUGAGUGGCUGGGGAAGGGUCAGUGAAGAUGUGGAAGAUCGGUUUGUCACUGGUGAAGGGAACACCAUGGAAACAAGUUCUUAUAAAGAUACUUCCGUUGUAUUUGAUAAUUAUGGAUCAGAGGAUGAUGAUUAUAAAUUUGAGUUUGAUGAAAAACCCAAUACAGUAUUCUUCCCAUCUCCGGAUAGCAAGUCACAUACUGAUUCAUUAGAAAAGAGAAAUUCUUGGAGCCAUGGACAAGAUAUUAAUGAGGAAGUGCCAAUUUAUAGUUCACAGUCAAAAGAAGACAUGUUGCCUGUCACUUUUGAUGAUUACGAUGACUCGGAUUCAGAUAGUGAGGUGAAUUCGGUCAAUUCUAAGGUUCCCGGGAAUUUUGGUUAUGUAAAUUCUGGUGUUGAUCACAGUACAAAGCUUGGGGCUUUAGAGGGGUCUUCAUCAAGAACUGAUAAGACUGCAGGUUCUGACAGAAAUCCUAGGUUAUUAUCACCAUCUUCAUUUGGUUCGGAUACUCUGGAAGAGCAUUUUGAGAGAAAGGUGGAUAUUGCUAGUGUUUCAGGAAAGAACUUUGGCAACAAUGACUCACCAACCAGUCAGCCAUCUUCAAGGGAAAGAAGCUCUGUAUUGGAUUCGGAUCUUAAGGCAAAUAUCCAUGCAUCACAGUCACCAAACACUUCCAUUGAUACUGAAAGUUUUCAGGAAUCUGAAAUAGGAAGUGCCAGGGAAUUAAACUAUGGAACAUUGAGGGGCGGUUUUCGCAACAAGGGUUAUAGUCGACCACCUUAUGUUAAGGGUACAUUGAAUAGGGUUCAAUCUCCACCAGAUGACAUGUCGAUCCAGAAUGAAAGAUCUUUGCCUACUGUGAGGACUUUAGUCAGUUCGGAUUCAAGGGAAGCGAGCACUAGAAACAGAAGUGUGGGUUUGAGAACACAGAGCACUUUUUCUGAGUCUGAUAACUUUGAACUGUCUUCAAACUCGCAGCAGCCUCUGACUAGUACUUACGAACCUCGUAUUCGGAUGGGGCAGAGUGAGACGAAAAAGAAAUCAAAGACAUACUUUGAUUCUGAUGAUAGCAGUUCUGACGAUGAACAGCCUAAACAAAAUUUAGCUAGUUCUGCUCGUCCUGGUAGCGGAGCAUCACGAAGAACAUCUGUUCCCUCGAAAACUGCGACUACUCGUACAAAACUUGGAUGGAAAUCUACUAGAGCUUCUCAGGAGAGUGAAAAUGAAGAGGCCUCAUCCAUGAAUAGCUCCGAAAAUCGAGCAAGUUCUGAACCUAGAUCAUCCACCAGUGUGCAACCUUCAAGUUCUCUUCCUAAGAAAGUGAUGCAAGAUUAUGGUGAGGAGCAAGAGGCUUCAAAAGGUGGAAGUUCUGAAGCAGAUACUAAGGAGAAGGCUGGUCAUGUUCAUCCAAAGCUACCUGACUAUGACUCCUUUGCUGCUCAUUUCAUGUCUCUUAGAAAGGGUCGCCAAUAAAUUUUGUUUGCUUUGCAUAUUAGUUGCGUAGCCACACUCAGUAUAUACUAUAUAGUACUCCUUAGAGGUUCAUCAUUCUUUUUUCAGCUUGUACUGGUAUUGGUAUACAUAGAUGCGUGAGUUUAAUAUUCAAAUUACUUGAGGAACAUAGAUGUCACAUGGUAUUUUUGUUGUAUAAAUUGAGUCACAGAAUUCAUCAAAUAUUCUUACGAACCAGCUCUGAAAAUACAAGAAAAAUUCAUAUUUCAUAAGC